AUGAGUUGUUCAACAUUUGCACGAUCAUCCCAGGCGGUUGCAGCCUCGGCUGCAACUGCUCCUCCUCCAGUAUCCCGCCAUACAGGAGGAACUGGAUGUAGGCCCGUGGGCGUCCCUUCCUUGCGGCGCGCAAAGCUAAAGCUCUGCUUGCCUGAUGUGCUCCCCAACAACAUUCCUCUCCGCCGAACCUCGAAGAGUUGUUUUGAUGGGUACCGUGUGCUGGAAACAGUUGGUUCCGGUACGUACGCAAACGUCUGGAAAGUUGUGCGAGCUAACCCCGAAGCUGCCAGAAACCACGGUGAGGCCGGCGGGGAUCUCAUGGUGGCGACCGCUACUCACACACUUGAGGGAGAAGCUCAUUUGGAGCAACUUAAGCCGAAGGACAAGCGAGAGGUUUUCGCAGCAAAGCUGCUGCAGCCACAGAAAUUCCCAAAGGAUACGCUCCCGCGGGUGUUGGACAUGUUCGCCAAGGAGAUCGUCAACCUGGCUGCCUGUCAGUGCCCCGGAGUUGUGCGGGUUGAAGAAGUAGUAGAGGGAUCAGAAGGCUGGCUAAUCGUACAGGAGUACGUAGACGGAGGAACUGUGUGGUGCGAGCAAGUCUGCAACGACGAAGAUGACGCGUUCCUGCACUUCAUCCAGCUCGUCCAGGCAGUGCUGUUUCUGCAAGAGCAGAAAGUCAUGCAUCGAGACCUAAAGCCCACAAACAUCCUUCGAUCCAGGAGAGAGAAACGCAUCGUGCUUGCAGACUUUGGCUGGUCGGAGAGAGUUGACCAGUGCCAGCUGACUCCCAUGGAGUGGCCGGGGACUCUCGAGAUCAAUCCCCCAGAAGUCAUCAACUCCACUGGACCGCUGACGGAGCGCAUUGAUAACUACGCCAUUGGCAUGGCGCUUUUACUUUUUCUGUCGGGGCGCUUCAUUUGCCGUCAGAAGGGCCUUGACGCAGCCACCGCAGCCCCGUACGUGCUUCGCACGGUCCAGCAGCUCCGCUCCUCGCCGCCGCCUUCAGUCUUUCGGGGGUCAGCAGACGCCUGGAUUCUCUUCCUCGGCCUAACAGCGCCUCACCCUACAAACAGAUGGUCUCUGAAUCGCGUCCUGUCCCACGGGUGGGUCCAGCGCAAACUGGUACAGUUGGCGCCCCGUGCCUUCCUGUGGCAUCCCAAUGUGUGCCGCCUUGCUGCAGGCCUCGCACGAGUUUUUGAGAACCCAGUUGCGUGCAGCGGCCCCGGGUUUCCAAGCGUGUGCAGGCAACAUGCACGCGCAAUCUCCGAAGUUGGAGUUCCAGCAGAGAAGAUUUGUGUCGGUGGGAACGCCUGCGUGCGAAGCAGCAGCGGUGCGGUCCUGACAUCCAGAGGGGUGCUGGCAACAGCGGAGGGGCACAAGAGAGUGCGAUCUGCCAACCGAGAGGCGUGCCCGCAGUGCUGCUUAUCGGGCUGCGGUGGGCACCCGUGCAACAAGCUGGGCACUCAGGGCCGGGUUGUGUCGAGAGAGCAACAUAAUCAACUGCGGGCUUCUCUUGGAGUUGAAGGCGUCCACGCCCCUGCAGUGAGCCGCCAGAGCAUCAGCGUCUGCUCAACCGCAGACUCGUUCGUCCCGACUGACCAGCAUACGUUGCUUCGUGCAGGCAUCGAGGAAGACAGAUCAAGAUCCCGGGGCCGCCUGAGUGCCCCAGCGUGUCAAGUCUCUCACACCUUUCUCCGAUACACCCCUUCGGCUCAACAGAGACCGUCGGAAUCGCAACUGCGACAGGGCGCCGAAGCCCGCGAUGGUGCGGCAGCGAGCGUUCCAAGCUCGGCGCCACACGGCUCUAUGGAUGUCCGGAGUGCGCCCCAAGCGGAUGCUGCAGCGUCUGAUUCUUCUCACUCGUCGAGUGGAAGCUCGCAACACACGACUCCGUGUGCUGGUCCCCCCUUCCCGGGCGUCACCCAGAACGAGUCGAACGAAAACUCCCCUCCGGUGGACACAUGGGACAUAUUAGAGCAAAAAAGGCGUUUGGAAGAGCAGCUAGACGCGCUCCAAGAGGAAAAACGCCAACUGCAACGCAUGCAUCAACAGCACCACGCAGAUGCUCUCCGGCGCAGUCUGCUUUUGAAGACCGGUGGCGAAACCGUGGGUCAGUGCUCCCCGAAGCAGGUGGAACACAGUAAAAACAGAUCCCUUGCCCAUGAGUGGUCGCUCAAGCUGUGCAUGGAGCAGUCGGCAGCAGCGCCCAAGCGCGCAGCGACUAUGGGAGAGGUGCCAGUCCCGGAGGCACGCGCGCAGGUGCUCCAACUAUCACCACGUGCUGACAAGGUGCCCCCCGCUCCGUCACCUGCUAACGUAAGUAUGAUGGCCUCGGGUCAGACAUGGAAUCAGAAGAAUCACACUGAACCGAGGCAAGGCGCCUCAAAGGGCAGGCACGACCGUGUGAGCGUUUCUCAGUCGCAAGAGUUCUCCGUUGAAGCGUCCCACCCAGCAGCCAAACCUUUUCCGCAAGGAUUGAAGAGCGGGUCGCAUGGCGUAAAGGGUGCGACUGUGAAGGGAAGCCAAGUAGAAAUAUAUGAAUCGACAAAAACAAACGCAGACAACUGCCCCAGCCCUUGUCUCGAUCGGAGGCUCACCAUCGAUACGUAUGGACGGACUAUUGCUAGCAGAAGUCGAGAGGCAGGCCAAACUGGAGACGGUAGUUUCGCGAAUGAAAGGGAAGCUGCAAGCAUGUCACGACAAGCAGAGGAAUGCGGCUUAUCUCCUUUGUUUUCGCAGAUGCCGUCUCGCCCCGUCAUUGACUCUUCGUCUUGUGUAAAGGCGUCACCUCCGAACCCGGUCAGAGUGGCGGUCGCUGUGCAGGAGCCAGCAACGAUCAAGUACAAGACAUCGUCGCAAAUAGACCAUCAAUAUUCGAUCCAAGACCUUCGUCGGAGCUGUGCGAGUGAAGCGCCAGGCCCGUAUGGCCCCUUGUCCCGCGCGGCUUCGCAGGAUGAGGGCAGACUGGUCCGAACUGUCGCUCAGAGGUGUCUGCCGUCGCGGUUGUCUUUCGAGUCGCCUCUCGCGGAUGAACCUGGUACGUCCGCCAGAUGCCCUGCUUCAGGACAGGCUGUUUCCUCCCCCAUGACGCCUCGCGCAGUAUGCGUCGCAAACCGGACAGGAGCGUCUCCAGCUCCGGCUCAAUGGUGGAGAGGGUGUGCCAGCUCUACGAGACCCCUGGGGGAAGCGACCACAUGCAAGCAAGGCCAUGUCGCCGUUAAACCUGGAGACCCCAGAAGCCAGGCAGCCCCCUCUGAGUCCCCAGGUCGGAUACCCUCUCUUUAUUUCGGGGAUAUACAGACACUUCGGCUUCAGUUGCAGCGCCUGCCCCAGCAGAUGACAGCUGCGUAUGGCACUCCCCGAGUACUGCGUCGCGGAGAUUGUGCGGGAAACAGCGUGUGGCACCCAGGUGAGGCGUGUCCGCCGACGACACAAAAUGGCCUUUCUCCUUCGAAGUCUGCCGGCGACGACGGAGCGCAGAGACAGACGUCCUCACUCCGCAGAGUUCAGCCGGCGGGUACAAAUUUCAGAUCCGACGGCUGCGUUGCCGAUGAACCGAUUCGCCUGAGUCGUAUUCCGGGUCAGAGCUUGUCGGGACUCGAGAGCGCUGGAAAUUCGUCAACAGCAACGAGCGCAGUAGAGGGCGGGCUGCAAGACGCUGGUGAGGACUACGGCAAAAGCAGCUCACAGGAGACCAUAUCUUCUUUUCUGCGUCUCGCCGGUGGCCCCGGUAGCCGGGAUACACGGAUGCUUGGACGGGAGCGCGACUCAACGAGCUUGCAUGAUAGCGACAGCUGGGUAACUUCCACCACACAGGGAUCGCCUGUGGAACUGCUGGGUCGGUCACAAGCUCGGGAAGGCGGUGGCUCGACGAGGGGGAGCGUCACAGUGGCACCGUCAGACCUGUGUGUGAGUGGAAGAUGGAGACCAACCGCCACUACCGGCUGUAGGGACGUCGACCGCGGCCACGCGAGAGGGGCGAUUGCAGACUCUGCUCGCCAGAACAUAGAUGGUCACUAUCUGAGGGCGACGCAGAAAGAAUCGAGACACCCGCGCUCUCGAAUUGGCGAGGCCUCGGACCACGUAGUGCUCGCGGUAGAUCUUCCGCCAGGCUCCGACGCAUCCUACGACACCGCGGCCGACGACAGGCUCUUGAGGUCGGGGGCGGCUUUGGCGACUUCACUAAUGGUGAACAACGACAGCCAAGGUAAAAUGGCGAUCGCAGGGACCUUGAAAUUCGGUGGCAUGGCAGGUGAUGCCAGGCGACCAGGAGAGGCCUUUAGACCGCCUUCAUCUGGGACGAAAAGCGCUUCAGCGACCGCGCAGAGCAGAGGACCCGGGUAUGGUGAGACCACAACUGCGUCUGUUUUCAGACUUGUCCAUAGAUCUCCAGUGCCUAUGCACAAUGAGGUAGCCGACACACGCGGCCAGCUACAGCACGGGACGAGUUGUGUUGGCGUCAAGAGCGGGGAGCGCAUAAACCACAGGGAUCGUUUGGGAAACGUUUCAGGGCCGGAGGAGCCGUGGAUGGUGCGCCUUGGGUGGCAGUACCGUUGGCCUCAUCAACGUACUACCGAGUCUCCAGUGGUCACAGAAAAGCGCAAGAGUUUUUGGGAGUGUCACAGUCAAAGUGGCGUGGCGGAGAUUGACACCUUAGGCUCGCGCGUGGGGCGAGGAGCUGAUCAGGGGAACACAGCUGAGGGCACCUCAUCUGAAAGCGGUAGUGCGUGCCCGAACCUUCCCAGUACUAUAGAUCAUUUGGUUGGGACUGAUAUCCAGGCUGGCGGGGGGCACAGUGCCGAUACCUGCAAGCGUGAGUUCCAGCUAGUCGGGAAGCGAAUGCUGUACCCGGUCGAGCGGAUGGGCGUGUGCGGGGCUGAGGAAAACGGAGGCUGUGAGCAUGAGUCUCCAGACUCGAAUGAGGCGGAUGCAGUGCCAUUCCUGCAGAGGUUUGUCUCCCAUUUGUUGGAGUUCGGGCAGGACCUGCAAAGCCACACAACGGAGUCGAGCCGUAAGGCCGAAGCAUAUGCACGGGUUGGUGAAGGAAUGCCGCCCGGCCUAAAACGCGCGGUGCAUGAAGAGAGCAGGAAUGGAGCCGCCUUGCAUAGUCGCGACGACGAUAACUUUCUCUUGUUAAGGCAAGCCCAGUCAGCGGGCGGCUUCAGUUUGAAGACCACGGCGCACACAAAUGCGCACCAACUUGCUCAACUGCUAGAGUCGGGGGCUUCGCCUCGUAAGGCGUGUCCCUUUGAUGGAGGUUUGCUCGGGGUUGCGCCCUCGUGUGCCGGCGCCACGACCACGGCGACGACAACCGGGCCAGGCGUCGGGACGCAGCCGGUGACAUCGCCUGGAGGAGGCGACGAUGGUCUAGACAGCUGCUGGAGUUUCCAUGACUUGGACUGCGAGGACGAACCGACUGAGUUUAGGACCGCCUCGCCGGCGUGCGUUCCGAUUCAGUAUGGCGGUCGCCCUGCCUAG